AUGGCCGAGGUUGGCUCCAAUCGCUACCUGAGCGAGAAGCGGAACACCUACGCCGCGCCAGGGCCACUCAAGUCCAAGCGAAACCUCUUCAUCAUCGGCGGAAUCGUCGUCGCCGUCAUUAUCGCUAUUGCAGUCGCCGUGCCAGUCGCGAUUAACGCCAAGAAGAGCUCCUCCAACCUUUCCGCUUCUGGCUCCGGCAAUAGCUCCUCGUCGGACCCGGGCUCAAGUUCGGGCUCCUCUCCCAGCUCUGCCAAGUCGACCGUCAAGACAGGUGGAGAUGGGAGUACUGUUACCAUGGAUGAUGGGUCGACCUUCACUUACUCGAACAGCUUCGGCGGCACAUGGUACUUCGACGAGGACGAUCCGUUCAACAAUGCCGCACGCGCUCAGUCGUGGAGUCCCGCGCUGAACGAAUCCUUCAACUGGGGUGUGGAUAAAAUUAGAGGGGUUAACCUCGGCGGGUGGCUUGUCACGGAACCUGUACUUAGUGCUCCUGCUCUGUAUCAGAAGUACGCCAAUGCGAAUCCCGUCGCGAUCGACGAAUGGACGCUCAGCGAGGCCAUGGCUGCAGACACGUCGUCCGGCGGCGGAAUUGGACAGCUAGAGGACCAUUACAAGUCGUUCAUCACUGAGACGGACUUCGCGGCUAUCGCUGGAGCUGGCCUCAACUUCGUUCGGAUACCUAUUGCUUACUGGGCUAUCGAGACUCGCGACGGAGAGCCUUUCUUGGAGAAGACCUCGUGGACAUACUUCCUCAAGGCUAUCAAAUGGGCACGCAAGUACGGUAUCCGGAUCAACCUCGACUUGCAUUCUUUGCCCGGCAGUCAAAACGGUUGGAAUCAUUCGGGUCGCUUGGGGACAAUCAGCAUGAUGAACGGCACCAUGGGCUUGGCCAAUGCUCAGCGCUCGCUUGACUACAUUCGCAUUAUCACCGAGUUCAUCUCACAGCCUCAAUACAGAGACGUCGUCGUCAUGUUCGGUGUCACCAACGAGCCUCAAGCCUCUGUCAUUGGCUUUGACAACCUUGAGCUUUACUACUACCAGGCGUACAAAGCUGUUCGUGGUGUGUCUGGGACUGGCGAGGGUAAUGGGCCCAUGAUCUCCUACCACGACGGUUUCACUGGUGUGCCCAAAUGGGCUGGCUUCCUCGAGGGUGCCGACCGGAUUGCGCUUGAUUACCAUCCCUACCUCUGUUUCCAGGACCAAAUCACGGCUCCUCUCAGCUCAGAGAUCAAUGCGCCUUGCACCGCGUGGGGUUCGAUUAUGAACACCUCGAUGGACGCAUUUGGGAUGACCGGUGCAGGCGAGUGGAGUAACGCUAUCAACGAUUGCGGUCUCUUUGUCAACGGAGUGAACUUGGGCACGCGGUACGAGGGAACGUAUACUGGCUCAUGGCCUGUCAUCGGCAGCUGUGACCCGUGGCUGGACUGGGAGAACUAUAACCAGACGACGAAGGAUAACAUGAAGGCGUUCGCGAUGUCGAGCAUGGACGCUCUCCAGAACUGGUUCUUCUGGACGUGGAAAAUCGGCAACUCCUCCGAGACCGGUAAGGUAGAAGCCCCAGCAUGGUCUUACUCGCUCGGUUUGGAUCAAGGCUGGAUACCCACCGAUCCCCGUGAGGCCGUCGGCGCCUGUGGCAACAGCGAUCCCUGGACCGGUUCCCUCUCCGCCGCUCAGACUGGCGGCGCCGGUGCAGGCGACAUCGCCGCUGCCGUCACCUCCUCGUUGACCUGGCCUCCCGCCUCCAUCUCCAACGCUGACGGCGCUGCGACUGACUUACCCACGUAUACCCCUACGGGAACUAUUGUCACGCUUCCGCCUCCCACGUUCACCGAUUCGAAGGGCUCCACCGUCGACGCCGGGAACGGGUGGUUCAACACGGCGGAUCAGACGAGCAUGAUGGUGCCCGUCGCGACUUGUUCGUAUCUCUCUCCUUGGGUCGAGAGUGCGGAGGCAGCACCACCAGCGUGUGGGACGGCUGCUGCGAAGCGUGCGGAUGUUCCUCCACCCACGAUUACCACGCCGCCGAAACAAUGA